AUGGAAAGUCGAGCCGUCAGAGCUAGUGGAAUAGCGCUUACGACGACUGUUGUAGCCGGAAUCGGCGCGGCGGCGGUAUACGUCUGGUCAAAACAUCUCAGCUCAAUUCGCCGUGAACAUGACCAAAUGAUGCGUUUAAUGGAGAAAUUGAUCAUCGAGGUGGAAACACUUAGAAGAGAGGUAAAUGAGCUGAAAUAUGGUUUGAAGGAUCCGGGACGUCGAUCGCCUACGAAAGCUCGCCCUCGAGCUUUGGACGCUAUUCAACUAGGGUCUGGUGAUACUGAAACGCUUGCCAAAGAUAAUCGCUAUCGUCGAGGAGGAAGUUACCAGUCGUUAUUAUCGGAUGGCGAGUAUGCUGAUGCCGAGGAAGACUGGUGA